GUGCUGUUGUUGAAGUGUUUGAUGUUCGUUGAAAUUUGAAAGGGAAAUUACUUCGCAAGUUAAUUAGAAGAGGUAAAUUAAAUGAUUAAGAUGAAAAGGAUUUGUCACCUCAUCUUCCGGCUGCUAUUCCUGCUCGACGGUGGUGUCUGGUCCCUUCGGAACCUCUCCAUCUCCGUCCCCCGGGCUGUCCUUUCUGGCGAAGGUCAGUCAGCCGUCCUCCGCUGCUCGUACGAUCUCGAAGGAGCCGCGUUGUACUCCAUCCGCUGGUACCGAGCUGAAACGGAAUUUUAUCGGUAUGUGCCGAGGGAAAUGCCACCGACGAUGGUCUUCCCAUUACCUGGAGCAUCAGUCGAUCUAGCUCAGUCAGACCACCAGCAGGUCCGAAUUGUAAAUCUGAACAGACGACUUAGUGGAGACUAUCAGUGCGAGGUGUCUGCUGAUGCACCUCUCUUCCACACUGACAUCAAAUUUGCGCCCCUCACCGUUGUUGAUCCACCAUUCCGAGCUCCUCGACUGUCCGUCUCUCAGAGGAGUUAUGCAAGAGGAGACGUUAUACGCGCAAACUGCUCCAUUGACGAAGCAUAUCCUGCACCCAAUAUCACGUGGAUCCUUGAUGACCAUAAGAUAGCAGAAACAGUUUCUUGGAGAUCAUCAGACUUGGACUUUAAAGAACGAGGGGCAUUCAGCCAGCUGGAGCUUACUAUCCUGGAAGCGGAACACUAUAAGGUCGGCCUGACGUACACCAGCUCCAAUCUGAACCGUGUCUAUCAAGAUCACUACAUCUAUGACAGAGAAAUGGAAGAUGACCGCGAUAUUGUUAGGUAUACUAUGGUACCACCUGCAAGUGGCCAGUUCACGUUGGGCUGCGUGGCGACCAUUUUCGAUAUCUAUGCCCGGAAGAGUGAACCGACAUACAUAAGGGAAGACGCUCCUCAUCCGGCAUCUGUAACUGGAGAAGACUCAUCAGGGACAAUCACAAACCACAACAUGAUGCUUACAACCGUGUGCGCGUGCGCAAUAUUGUUGCAUGCGUUAUGAUCAUCGCACUGCAAAACAAUAAGAGCAUAAGGAAACUGAAUGUUGUGAUAGACAUUAAGGGCCUUUGAUGAUCAGGUCACAUUUGAAUUUAAG